AUGGGUAACAAAGGAAAGUCGCUGCUGUUUCUUCCUUUCUGCUUUGCUUUUGUCGUCCACUUGACCGAUGGAGACCUAAGCUAUGCUAUUCCGGAGGAGAUGAAACGCGGAUCCAUUAUUGGGAAUGCAGCCAAGGAUCUGGGACUGGAGGUGGGCAGAUUGUCCGCCCGUAAGGCCCGUAUCGACUCCGAGGAAAACCAUCAACGUUAUUGUGAAAUUGAUUUAAAAACGGGCAAAGUGCGCGUCGGAGGACGCAUAGACAGAGAGGAGCAUUGCGGAGAAAAGGCUUCAUGCGCUCUUGGAUGCGAGUUGCUCCUGGAGGCUCCCCUGGAAUUACACCGGAUCUUACUCCACAUCCAAGACAUAAACGAUAAUGCGCCGGUGUUCCCGAAGGACGUUAUAAAACUGGAGAUUCGUGAAUCGGCCGACAAAGGAGCCCGGUAUCGCGUUAACGCAGCCCACGAUGCCGACAUAGGCCAGAAUGCUGUUCAGAGCUACACCCUGCAGCACAACAACCACUUCGUCCUCAAUAUGCAGACGACCAGUGCCGGCAGUAAAUAUGGCGAGCUGGUUUUAAACAAGGAGUUAGACCGAGAGGAGCAGCAGGAAAUGCAGCUGUUGCUCACGGCUCUGGACGGCGGUUCUCCUCAGAGAUCAGGUACUGCAAUCAUUCACGUGUCGGUGCUGGACGCGAACGAUAACGCCCCGGUGUUCAGCCAGACCAUCUACGAAGCCGGUCUGCCUGAGAACUCCCCCAUGGACACCUCCGUUAUUACGGUGAGUGCGACGGACGCUGACGAGGGAGCCAACGGUGACGUUACGUACGAGUUCAGCCGGAUGUCCGAGAAGUCCCGGAAGAUGUUUUCACUGGAUCAUAAAACUGGAGUUAUAACAGUAACAGGUGACAUUGACUAUGAGGACGGAUUUAAAUAUGAAAUGUUUGUCGAGGCAAAAGAUGGAUAUGGUCUAUCUUCAGAUGCAAAGGUAAUUAUAAGCAUAACUGAUGUUAACGACAAUGCCCCAGUGAUAUAUCUUAAAUCACUGACAAAUCCCAUACCAGAGAAUAUAUCACCUGGUGAAGAGGUGGGCAUCAUUAACGUCCAAGAUAAAGAUUCCGAUAAGAACAGACACGUAACUUGCUCUAUCAAACACAACCUGCCUUUUAAACUGGUUCCUUCCAUCAAAAACUAUUAUUCUCUGGUGACAACGGGCCCAUUAGACCGUGAACUAGUGUCUGGUUACAACAUCACAAUCACUGCUACUGAUGAGGGCUCUCCUCCUCUUUCCUCCUCCAAAAGUGUUCAGUUAUCUGUAGCUGACGUCAACGACAACCCACCUGUGUUUGAGGAGCAGUCCUACAACGCCUACGUGACUGAAAACAACAAACCUGGAUCUACUUUCUGUUCCGUUAGUGCCCUAGACCCAGACUGGAGACAAAACGGUACAGUGAUUUAUUCUCUUUUACCUGGGGAGGUGAACGGUUCCCCGGUGUCCUCCUAUCUCUCCGUUAACGGAGACACGGGGCUGAUCCACGCUGUCAGGUCGUUGGAUUAUGAACAGUUUAGGAGCUUUAAAGUUCACGUGAUGGCGCGAGACAACGGUUCUCCUCCACUCAGCAGCAACGUGACCGUCAGUGUCUUCAUAACGGAUGUGAAUGACAACUGUCCUCAGAUACUUUACCCCGCCCCGGAGGGACACUCCUUCAUGACGGAACUCGUCCCGAAAGCAGCUCACGGGGGCUCUCUGGUAUCCAAGGUGAUAGCGGUGGAUGCAGACUCCGGACAGAACGCCUGGCUGUCCUAUCAUAUAGUCAAAUCCACUGAUCCGGGACUUUUCACUAUUGGUCUCCACAGUGGAGAGAUCAGGACACAGCGGGACAUUUCUGAAUCUGACAACAUGAAACAGAAUCUUAUUGUGGCAGUGAAAGAUAACGGACAGCCCUCUCUGUCUGCCACCUGUUCCAUGUAUUUACUGAUUUCUGAUGACUUGGCUGAAGUGCCAGAACUGAAAGACAUGUCUUAUGAUGAGACUAACUCCAAACUGACCUCUUAUCUGAUCAUCGCGCUGGUGUCAGUCUCCACCUUUUUCCUGACCUUCAUUAUUGUCAUCCUGGGUGUGAGGUUUUGUCACAGGAGAAAACCCAGACUGUUGUUUGAUGGAGCGGUGGCCAUCCCCAGUGCUUAUCUGCCUCCUAAUUACUCAGAAGUUGACGGAACAGGAACUUUACGCAGCACUUACAAUUAUGACGCUUAUCUGACAACGGGCUCUAGAACCAGUGACUUCAAGUUUGUGAGAUCUUACAAUGACAACACACUGCCUGCAGACCAGACUCUGAAGAAAAGUCCAACCGAUCUUGCCGAGGCAUUUGGAAACUUCGACGAGUCUCCUGAGUGUCGCUGUUCACUUGCUCAUGUGAGAGAAAACCUCUUCUCCACCCACUGCCAUAACCCAGCAGCCCAUCAGCCAACACAGGUCUUUGUUGUGGACACGCUGCAGAUGGCAUUCACCAGUAGAUUCAUUUCAUAA